UCAUAUUAGUGAAUUAUAGAUCACCUGAGUGCAGUUGAUGUUUGUCAAUGAUUUUAGUAUGAAAACGUAUGUGUGAGGUCCAGUCUCUGGUUCAUCAGUAUUCCUGCCACAAUUGCAACAUGGCGACAAAAGAACAUGCCAAGCAACACAGAGAAUGGCUCACUGAAAAAUAUAAGUCAACAGAUGGCUACAAAAGAUUUCCAACUCACUGGACAUCCCACAGAGUUCAGAUGCUGUCUUCAUCUACCACCUCUAACUCCACCACCUCUGACCCCAAACAUGUUGCCAUGGAGACCUACUGGAGGGAAGUACACAGCAUCGAGGAGGAGAAGGAUGGGGAAGAAGAAGAGGAGGAAGAUGAGAGAAAGAGUAUGGAUGAGGUGGAGCUUGAGGAGGCGUGGCUGACAGAUGCGGGGUUGGCUUCCCUGGUGACGGGCUUGCCAUUGGCAGAUGAGGUGCCACCGCCUGCUGAGGUGCUGCUGUCCACGUUGACACAUCAACAAGCAACCACUGUGAGGAAGAGGCUGGAUAACUAUAACGAGACACUGAAGAAGAGAAACAGACAGCCAAUCAGAGAUGUCCGGGAUAUCUUCACUGAGCCUGACGACCCAGCAGACAGAUCUGUGUACCCCCACUCCCAUCAUGCUGAACCAUCACCAAGUCGAUACCACACCACCACCAAGACCAUUCGCCGAAAUACUUCCAGAGUACGACCAACUCUACCCUUGUUGGCUGUUGAAGAUCGACUACCGGAGCACCCUUCACCCCCCUCAAACACAGACUCUCUGCAUCACGCAAACUCUCCAGGAAACAAAUGCUCUCCGACACAUGUCAUCGACACAAAUGUUCUGACACAUGCACAUUCUCCAACACACACCGACUCUCACAAAUAUACCUCUUCCCCUCCUCACACACGCACGCCCCCCGUCAGUCAAUUGAUGCAACCUGACUGGGUGCUGCGGGACUCUCCAUACUCAGAGGCUGUGGCUGAGCACAAAAUGGGCAAGGCUUGUUGGGACUGUUUACGUUUCCAUAGAGACAACAACAGUGAGCUGCAGUUUGCAUCUAUCUCUCCCUCUCAGGGUCUUAGCUGUGCAGGCGACCUGUCGUCACGUGACCUCACACAGCUGAGUUUCAUUUCACACAUUGAGAUCACAACCUUCCUGAUGACUCUGGGCAUACACAACAAACGCACACGUCCUCCACGCUGCAGGAACCGGGACAGUGGUGUGUUUGGCGUUCCUCUGAACACGCUGUUGGAGAAAGACAGGAAGAAGUUUCCCGGGGUCAAAGUUCCUGUCGUGUUCCAGAAGUUGUUGUGUAUCUUAGAGCAAACAGGCCUGUUGACUGAGGGGAUUCUCAGAGUACCAGCAUCAGCUGCUAAAGUCAAGUGCCUUCGUAGAGAAUUAGACAGGUGCUAUGAGGGAUUUGACUGGUCUGCAUUAAGACAGGUGGACGCUUCCAGUCUGUUGAAGCUUUUCAUCAGAGAGCUGCCAACCCCUCUGCUGACACACACACACCUGUCCACCUACCGCUCUGUACUGAGUAUCCCUUCUGAGCUCCAUCAGGUUCAGGCCCUGCAGCUGCUGACAUUGCUUCUUCCAGAAGCCAACAGAGAAAUUCUGAGAGCUCUGCUGGACUUCCUCCGUAAGGUGGUCUCUCAUCAGGAUCAGAACCGUAUGUCUCUGUGGAAUGUGUCCAUGGUGAUGGCACCCAACCUGUUCCGUCGUCACCAUGGAAACAAGCGCUCAAUUGCUAAACGAGAUGAGAUGGAGGAGGCAGUGGGUGGAGCUCAGCUGAUCCGGCUGAUGAUCAUUCACCAGGACUUGCUUUGGACUGUCCCCAAGUUUCUAUUGUCUCAGGUGAGACAGAUGAACCAGGUGUCCAUUCAGAAACAGCUUGGCCUGAGCUGGACCAGUAGACUGUUGAGGAAGAAGAAUGACAAGAAUGAAAGAGAUCAGAUCACAGAGCUGUGCGAAGGUGUGAUCAGAGUUCAUGCUCCUCUACACACCAAGAUUUCCAUGGUGAUACAACUUGAGGAACAGACAACAGCCAAGGACAUAACGUCCCGCUUCGAGUGUGAGAACAGUCCGGUUCAACAUCUGUAUGAAGUUGGAGGAAACAUCUGUGAGCGUCGUCUUCAUCCUGACUGUGUUUUGUUGGAUGUUUACAGAGUUAAUCCCCACUGUGAUUGGCUAAUUAAACCCUGACAACCUGUCUCAGAACCUUUUUCAAGUGUCUCACCACCUCUCUCAUUAAUGCCUCCCCACCGGUCGACACAUGCACUACCACCUGUCUCAUUGCCCUCACUCCACGUUUCAGCUCGUGUUUUUUGCUGGCACAAAAACACUGGCGCCAGCCUCACUCCAUUUGUGACAAUCUCUCCCACAAGUGGAUCCAAACUUCCUUUUAUCAUGAACCACUUCCUUUGUUCAUACAGCAGCUGUUGGCAUGACAUCACAGUAACAUUGUCAUCUAUCGAACAAUUGUUCAGUCUGUUUUUUAUCUUUCUGAAUUUCGUUUGUCCUGGCAGAUUAGUUAAAUCUUCUCCUGCUCCAGUCUUUAUUUACUGCUGCUGAUUCUGUACAUCAGAACAAAUGUGUUUAUUAAUAAUGCUCAUAUUAAAACUUGA